AUGGGAGCCACGCCCUUCACGGAGAGAAUCUUAAGAGCAAAGCUCCCCAGAGGCUUCGACAAACCCACCGAUAUGAAGUACGACGGAACUAAAGACCCUCAAGAGCACCUAACGGCUUUCGAGGCCAGAAUGAACUUAGAAGGAGCAUCCGACGCAGUCCGAUGCAGAGCCUUCCCGGUGACCCUUGCCGGACCGGCGAUCAAAUGGUUUAACGCCCUCCCGAACGGAUCUAUAACCAGCUUCCACGACAUCACAAGAAAAUUCAUGGCCCAAUUCACGACCCGAAUCACCAAGGCCAAACACGCCAUCAGCUUGCUAGGGGUCACACAGAAACAAGAAGAAUCUACAAGAAAAUACCUCGACUGCUUCAACGACGAAUGCCUGACGGUCGACGGGCUCACGGACUCCGUUGCCAGCCUCUGCCUAACCAACGGACUCAUGAAUGAAGACUUUCGCAAACAUCUCACCACCAAACCAGUAUGA